AUGGUCCCUGUAUCAAAAGUCUUCCUGGCAAGACUUCCAGUGGCUCUUCUUCUGGCCCUCGGCACAAGCAUCCAAGGGUUGGAUGUGCUGCAGGCGCUGAACAAUCCUAAGUACGAGCAGUUCAACAAAGCCCUCACCGAGGCCAAUCUGGUUGACAAAAUAAACGCCCUGAAAUCCGUCACCGUUCUCCCCCUCAGCAACAAGGCCAUGGCUUCCCUCGCCGGAAAGUCACCGGCAUUUUUGAAGGCCACCGUCAGCACGCACGUCCUCAUCGGGUACUACGACCAGAGGAGGAUUUUCGAUGACGUUGGAAGUCAAAUUCCCAUCGAGACUCUCUUCCAAUCCUCCGGUCUUGCCAAGGACAAACAGGGAUACGUCCUCGUUCAGCAAGUGAACGAAGGCGAGUUGGUCAUGGGAUCCGCCGCCUCUCCUCCCGGCACAGUCUUCACUUCCGCACUUGUGCAAACCGUGGCGAAUAACCCCGAAGAGUUUGUCGCUAUUGAGCUCAACGAGCCCAUUCUUGUACCUGGAAUUGAGAAUUUGUUCUCCGACGUUAAGGUUCCUCUUGGCGCCGGAGAAAAGGCAGCGUCUCCUUCGGCUCUCGCUCCCGGUCAAAGCAGCGACGCUUCACGUCUCUGCAUGGGUCUCCUCGGUGCCGCUUCCGCUUCCGCCGCUUUCAUCCUUGGCCUGUAAACGACGGCGUUUCGGGAAUUUAUCAUUUUGUUAAACAAAAAACCAUUGCAUUGGUGUUGUGUAUCACCGAUCACGAUAUACAACAGGGAUCUUUUGUUUUUGUUUAACGAAAUUACUCUAUUGGCUUGUGUUCGUGGAAUUCGGAUUAAUUCAA